AAACACUGGGAGGAUCGAUCUCCAUAUAUUAUAUAUACCGGCUCUUAUUAUUAGGUAGCAAAACGUGUAUAUAAAAUGCCACCGACCAGCAUAAUCGACAUGGCUGGGGUUGAGAUUACAGGGAAGACUAAACUGUUAGUGGAGGCCCUGAAAGAGCGCAUUCUUGUUUUAGAUGGUGGUAUGGGAACAAUGAUUCAGAAUUGUAAACUAGAUGAAGAAGCAUUUCGUGGGGAAGAAUUCAAAGACCAUUCACACAAUCUCCAAGGCAAUAAUGAUUUAUUGAGCAUUACACAACCAGACAUUAUUUACAAAAUACAUAAGGAUUAUUUUGAAGCUGGGGCUGAUAUUGGUGCUACAAAUUCAUUUAGCAGUACAAGUAUAGCCCAGGCAGACUAUGGUCUGGAACAUAUUGCCUACAGAAUGAGCAGGUGUUCAGCUGAAAUACUAAGAAGAUCAGCGGAUGAAGUUACGGCUAAAACUGGAAAGCAGCGCUUUGUAGCAGGUGGUCUAGGACCAACAAAUAGAACGUUGUCAAUAUCCCCAUCAGUAGAAAAACCAGAGUACAGAAAUAUCACAUUUGAUGAGAUGGCCGAUGCAUAUGCCGAACAGGUCCGAGGAUUUAUUGAUGGAGGUGUGGAUAUCUUGUUAGUUGAAACAAUAUUUGAUACGUUGAAUGCCAAAGCUGCCUUGUAUGCCAUACAGAAGCUAUUUGAUAAAGAAUACAAACCUCUGCCUGUAUUUGUGUCUGGUACAAUUGUAGACAAGAGUGGAAGGACGUUGUCAGGUCAAACUACUGAAGCAUUUGUUAUUAGCGUAUCUCACGUGAAGCCGCUAAGUGUCGGAUUAAAUUGUGCGUUGGGUGCUACUGAAAUGAGACCUUUCAUCGAAGCGAUUGGAGAUGCUACAACUUCCUAUGUUAUAUGCUAUCCCAAUGCUGGUUUACCAAAUACUUUCGGUGGUUACGAUGAGACGCCUGAAGUAACGGCUUCGCAUUUAAAGGCGUUUGCCAAAGAUGGUUUAGUUAAUAUUGUGGGUGGUUGCUGUGGGACUACGCCAGCUCAUAUCAAGGCCAUCGCUGAAGCUGUGAAGUCUUACAAACCUAGGGUGCCUCCAAAACAAUACCUAGAAGAUCAUUUAUUGCUGUCAGGGCUUGAAUCUGCUAAAGUCGGACCACAGUCAUUGUUUGUUAACAUUGGCGAGCGUUGUAAUGUAGCUGGAUCUAAAAGGUUUGCCAGGUUGAUCAAAGACGGCAAGUUUGAAGAUGCAUUAUCGGUUGCAAAGUUACAAGUUGAAAUGGGUGCUCAGAUUCUUGAUAUAAAUAUGGAUGAGGGAAUGCUUGACGGUGAAAAGUGCAUGACUAAGUUUGUUAAUUUGAUUGCGUCAGAACCAGAAAUAUCAAAGGUUCCCCUAUGCAUUGAUUCUUCCAAGUUUCAUGUCAUUGAGGCCGGGCUGAAAUGUACACAGGGCAAGUGUAUUGUGAAUAGUAUCAGCCUCAAAGAGGGUGAAGAUGACUUCAUAGAAAAGGCUAUGGUUGUUAAAAAACAUGGUGCUGCUGUUGUUGUCAUGGCGUUUGAUGAACAGGGACAGGCCGUGGACGUUGACAGAAAAGUUGAGAUUUGUACAAGAUCAUAUGAUGUUCUUGUGAAUAAAGUUGGUUUUAAUCCCAAUGAUAUUAUAUUUGAUCCGAAUAUAUUAACCAUUGGUACAGGUAUCGAAGAACACAACGUAUAUGCUAUUAAUUUUUUAGAAACUAUCAAAGUGAUUAAGCAAACUCUACCUGGAGCGAGAAUCAGCGGUGGUCUGUCCAACUUAUCAUUUGCAUUCCGAGGUAUGGAUGCCUUGAGAGAGGCGAUGCACAGUGUCUUCUUAUACCAUGCUAUAAAGGCUGGUAUGGACAUGGGUAUUGUCAAUGCUGGUAACCUUCCUGUCUACGAUGAUAUUGAACCUAGUUUAUUGAAAUUGUGUGAAGACUUGAUAUGGAAUAAAGAUCCAGAUGCAACAGAGAAAUUAUUAGAAUAUGCUCAGUCAAUGAAGAAAGGUACAAAGAAGAUUGUGGACAUGGAUAAAUGGAGAGAAGAGGAUGUUGAAUCGAGAUUAGAACAUGCUCUCAUCAAGGGAAUUGAUAAGUACGUUAUCGAGGAUACGGAAGAAGCCCGCCAAAAUAAUAUACGAUAUCCUAGACCGUUGAACGUCAUUGAGGGGCCAUUAAUGAAGGGUAUGAGUAUAGUUGGUGAUUUGUUCGGGGCAGGCAAAAUGUUUUUGCCGCAAGUUAUUAAGUCAGCAAGAGUUAUGAAGAAAUCAGUCGGCCAUCUUAUACCAUAUAUGGAGAAAGAGAAGGAAGAAAUGCUGGCAACAAUGCAGAUAGACGAUCCUAGCGCUGAUCACUACGUAGGGACUGUGGUUAUUGCUACUGUUAAGGGAGACGUGCACGAUAUUGGUAAAAAUAUUGUAGCCGUUGUGUUGGGAUGUAAUAAUUUUAGAAUUAUUGAUUUGGGUGUUAUGACACCAUGUCAGAAAAUAAUACAAACGGCCAUUGAACAGAAAGCAGAUAUUAUUGGAUUAUCUGGACUGAUCACGCCCUCGCUAGAUGAAAUGAUUCACGUUGCCAAGGAGAUGGAGAGACAGGGGAUCAAGCUUCCUCUUUUAAUAGGAGGAGCAACGACUUCCAAGACGCAUACUGCAGUGAAGAUAGCUCCCAGGUAUACCUCGCCGGUCAUACAUGUUUUGGAUGCCUCAAAAAGUGUGGUUGUGUGUUCAUCGUUACUGGAUAAAACGCAAUAUGAUGAAUUUACUGAAGAAAUAGCUGAAGAAUAUGAAGAAACAAGAGAAGAACAUUAUAAUUCACUUCAAGAGAGAAGUUUUGUCACUAUUAGUAAAGCCAGAGAACUGAAAUUCCAGAUUGAUUGGCAGUCAAUGCCUAGUCCAGUAACGCCAAGUUUCCUUGGACUGAAGACGCUUGACAACUAUGACCUGUCAUUACUUGUGCCGUACAUUGACUGGAAACCGUUCUUUGAUGUUUGGCAGUUGCGUGGUAAAUAUCCCAACAGAGGGUAUCCCAAAAUAUUCAACGACAAACAAGUUGGAGAGGAAGCGAAGCGGUUAUUUAACGAUGCACAGGAUAUGUUAAAUAAGAUUAUAGACAAUAAACUCAUAAAAGCCAGUGGUGUGUGCGGAUUCUGGCCUGCGUGUAGCGUGGGUGACGAUAUCCUCGUUUAUAAAGAAGAUGUCAUGCCACGAUGCGGUGAACCAGUGUCUGUAUUCUAUGGACUACGACAACAAGCUGAAAAGGAAUCCAACGACCCGUAUGUCUGUCUUUCUGACUUUGUGGCACCUAAGGAUUCAAAUGUACGGGACUAUAUCGGAGGUUUCGCAGUAUCUGCAGGAUUUGGAGUUUCUGAACUUGCGAAUAAGUAUGAACAGGAGCAUGAUGAUUACAAUAGUAUUAUGGUUAAAGCAUUGGCUGAUAGGUUAGCAGAGGCAUUUGCAGAAGAACUUCACGAACGUGUCAGGAAGGAACUCUGGGGCUAUGCAUCGAGUGAGGGGCUAGGAGCAGAGGAUCUUCAUAAAAUUAAAUACGCAGGUAUCCGUCCUGCUCCAGGUUAUCCCAGUCAACCGGAUCACAUGGAAAAACUAACGAUGUGGAAUUUGAUGGAUGCAGAGAAUCAAUCAAGGAUUAAACUAACAGAGUCAUUAGCAAUGGAACCAGCUGCGUCUGUGUCAGGUUUAUAUUUUGCCCAUCCAGAAUCGUAUUAUUUCUCAGUUGGUAAAGUCAACAAAGAUCAGGUGAUGGACUAUGCCAGUCGGAAAAAGGCUGAUAUUCCUGAAGUUGAGAAGUGGUUGGGUCCCGUGCUGGGUUAUGAUCCUGAUGUCGACAAUGACCAAUGAUGAAAUGACUUGACCUGUGAGAACAGCUGACAAAAAAGAUAACUGCAUCUCAUGGUUGAUCACUUAUCAGUAUUGCCUGGUAAUGUGGAUAACAGCGGAUUUCCAUUAUUGUUGAGACAUUUUUUUAAAAACAAAACUUUGGAUCCAUCGUGCAAUCAGGCAGUUUUUUUCAGUGAUAAACAAAAACAAAUUAUUUACUAUCAUAAAUAUUUUUGAACGCACAUCAAAUGCAAUCACAUGGUGGGUGUGAAAACAAUGUUUUAUCAGUCUUACAAAGUGAACACAUUAAUACCCCAUUACAAUUAUGAUGAUGUUCCAGCUGGUCCUACAUGUGUAGGCGAUGCACUGGACACAGUUGAGAAAGAGUUACACAACUGGAAUGAAUAAAAACGUCUCCAGCAAUAAGGAUCAACCAGUGAUAUGAUAUUAUAAAUUUCAACGGAAAGCAUUUACAUUAGCAGUCUUGUAUGGGGGAAAAGAACAAUUUGUUUUUGUUCAGGUGUAUUUAAAUUAUUUUUAUUGGCGUUUUACCAAUCAUGUGAAGUUUGGUUGAGUCAAGGUUAUGUAAAUUUACAAUUACAAAUGUCUUCUAUGCUCAUGGUCUUCAAAUCAAAUUGACACAAGUCAAACUACAAAAUGAAUGAGGCUUGGGAAACAGUGGUCAUUAAUUUUAUCGUGAAAGUCUGGAUACAAUUUUUCACAUCAUUCUAAGGUUGAGUUUCUAAACUUCCUAUAGAUUACAUUGCAGAAGUAUACUGCUGGAAACAUGGAGUCGCUAUUUAAACUAAAUGUAUUUAUUAUUGGGCUUGCUUUGCUGUUUUAGCUUUGUCAUAUUUUUUUUUUAUUUGCUUGUUAUUUUAAUAUACUAUAUGGCCAAUCUUGAUAUAAUAUAUAUUGUUUUAAGGAAGCCUUUUAUGCAUAUAAAAUUUUUGUAAACUGCAUUAAUUUUUAUAUAUUAGUUUUAAUAUAGAAAGGGGAUGUUCAGCAUGCACAUUAAAGGGACAUAUGCUGCAACUUUUACAUAUUGAUAAUACUACAUUUGUUCUAUUAGAAGUAUGUUGCUAAUUGAGAUGUAUGCAAGGCAAAUGGUUUAUUGGGAUUUUAAUUGUACCACUGUUCAGUUAAUGCUGACUUUACUUCAGCUUAUCGAUAAAUCCAAUCAUGUAUAAGCUUUAAAAUAAUUGUGGCAC